AAUAAACCCUCUUCCGGUAUAUCCAGCUUGGCCAUUUUGUCCAACACUUCAUUUCCGGUUCUUUUGAUCCAUUGGAAUUCAACCUCCUGAAAUUUUCUGCUCCACCAUCUUGCUUCUCUAACCGAAUUGUACAAUCCAAAUUGCAAUUUUCUUGACUGUAAAUUAUCAAACAUUUUCUUGUUAUUACCUUCAGAGAUCACCUUUCUGUAGCCACGUAUCCAACAUUGUUUCAUAGCUACUAUAAGUGCAUUAUAUUCCGCUUCCAACGGUGAUGAAACAACAUUUCCUUUUGCAUGUCCUGCGCCUUUGUAAAUGCCAUUUUCUUUAUGGUUUCUUUAAAAGUUCUCAUACGAAAACAUUUCUUCACUCUCUCUCUUUCUUUUUGAUGAUUUAUGUGCCACUUCAGAAAAGCACAUGUGUAAUUGUGUAAAGUAUACUCAGUUGGGUCUGGUGGGUGUGGCCCCUCCCUAUCUUUCUUCCCCACAUAAUAAUAGAAAGGCAGAGAAUACUCAGGUGAAAAAGAGGCAAGAAUCAUCAAGAAGACAAGAACACACACAUAGUAAGAGAGAGAGGGAGACUCAAUGGAGAAAAUGAACCAAACAUUCUUCUUAUCUCACGGAACUCCCAGGUUGAGCAUAGACGAUAGCUUGGAGGCCAGAGACUUCUUCAAAUCAUGGUCUCACAAAGUUUUUCAACACAAACCCAAAUCUAUUCUAGUCAUCUCUGCACACUGGGACACCGAGUUCCCAUCCGUCAACACUGUUCUCCGUAAUACAACCAUCCACGACUUCAAUGGUUUCCCUGAGCCCAUGUACAAGCUGAAGUACGAAGCACCAGGAGCUAUUGAACUGGGAAAGAGGGUUAAAGAACUGCUAAUGGUAGGAGGAGGAAUGAAGCGUGUUGAUGAAGAUACAAACAGAGGACUUGAUCAUGGAGCUUGGAUUCCUCUUAUGUUGAUGUAUCCAGAGGCGGAUAUACCCGUUUGCCAGCUCUCUGUUCAAUCAUCUCAAAAUGGGAGUUACCAUUACAACAUGGGCAAGUCAUUGGCUCCACUGAAAGCGGAAGGUGUUCUUAUCAUUGGCUCUGGAAGUGCUACUCAUAACUUGAGCAAGCGUGGCUAUAACGUCUUUACUGACUCUUCGGUUUCUUGGGCUUUAGAGUUUGAUCUUUGGCUCAGAGACUCUCUCCUUCAAGGAAGAUAUGGAGAUGUGAAUGAUUGGGAAGAGAAAGCUCCGAACCCUAGAAUGGCGCAUCCAUGGCCUGAGCAUUUGUACCCGUUGCACGUUGCAAUGGGUGCGGCAGGUGAUGAUGCAAAGGCAGAGCAAAUCCACACAAGCUGGACAAGUACUUUGUCUUAUUCUUCUUAUAGAUUCACUUCUUCCCUCUGAAACACUUCAUUCACUUGUUGUUGUGUCUCUUCUCUUAAUAAGCUUUUUUUGUAUUUCUCUUCUCUUUAAUUAUCCAUAUCAGUUAUGGUUUGAACAAAAAAUAAUAAUUAUCCAUAUCAGUCAUGUAUCAAAAUACUUACCACAACUAACCAAAGCUCAUGCCCAAGCCUUGGCACAUGAAACCAUUUAGUAACAGAACACCACCGUGUUGUCUUUUAGCCGUCCGGUCCAAUUGAUCAUGUCUCGGUAGAUCAGACCUUGGCGUGCAUCCGGCCUGUUGGCCUUGGAUCACGAUUGAUACAUUCGGCCUAAGCCUCAAACCGUCGCAAUGGUUAAGGGAAAAGGUACAAUCGGUUACUUAGUAACCGCCUGAUCCAACCGGAUCAACACUUGGCCGAUCGGCCAUGCGUACGUCCCACCCGUGGGUUAUGGACUACGAUUGUAUGAACCGGCCUUAGCCUUGGUUCUUCUAACCCAUCCCAACCACUACUUAGAUCGCAUGUACAGAAGAAGAAGAAUAUAAAUCAAGAAAACAAAGGGAGAAAGGAAUAUAACCAAUCGCCCAUAGCCUUAGACUCGAUAGGUCUAACCGAUGGUCUAGCCGGAUGAUCGCCUGGUCAAUCCACUGACCUUGGACGGCCAUUAGGUUUAAUUUUUCUUUUGGUUUUUUAAACCAAUUUUAAUUUGUAAAUGUAAAGCGAUUUAAUUUGUACAUCAAUUCCCGUUUUAAUAUUAAUUGUAUUUAUUUUUUACGAAAAUUAUUCAUUUAUUUUGUUUUAAAUUUUGAUUUAUUUUUUUUUUAAUAAUAUUUUUAAAAGCCACGGAAUAAGCAACAGUUUCAUUCGUAGCAAAACCAACUACAAAAUAUUUCGUGGCAAAAUGUAGCUUAUUUGCUACGAAUCCAUCGUGUCAAGAUUGUAGCUUUUUGCUUCGAUUUUUGCUACGAUUUAUUUUUGCUACGAUCGUAUACCCACAUUUUUUUCGUAGCAUUUCCGUAGCAAAAACUCAUAUAGCUACGAAAUUUGGACUAUAGCUACGAAAAAGUACCGUGGGUAUGAUGUUUUUUGUACUAGUGAUGAUCUCUUGGUUUGGAUCAGAGGGGAGAAGAGAUGUUGUUUGGACGAUGAGAUUUAUUCUGAAUCUUAUUGGGCUCAUUCACGAAGUUCUGGACCGAGAAAAAGGCUACAUGCUCAUUCACAAAGGCUACAUGCUCAUUCACAAAGUUUUGAACCGAGAGUAAGGCUACUGGUUUUGGAUGCAACCCCGUUGAUACAACUCUAUGGAUGAACCUUAGUGGAUGCAACCUCGUGUAUGCAACUCUGUGGAUGAACCUGAGUGGAUGCAUUAUUUCAGUGUUCAUAAAGAAGACUCAUUUGCAAUCUCUGAUGGGCCUAUUACAAAAUCUAAGUCCAAAAAGCUAAUUGAGAAGAUUGUUGGUCUUAUUCAAAAUCUAGAAAGUGAAUAAGAAAUAUUUGGCCAAACCACAAUCACUUAAACCACCUUCAUUUACUCCACUUUCUCAACUACUUCAACCACCACCUAACUGUUUAUCACUUUGUCUAUUUUACAUUUUUUAUGAUGUUCAUACAGCAAGUUUGUUUUUUCUAUUUAGUAUUUUCAAAUUUGUUUCAGAAACUUCAAUCAUCAUAUUUAUCAAAACUUCUUUCCUUUCAAAUUUUGUGAUUCAUUUGUUUUAUGAACAACUUGAUUACAGAGAUGUGUGAAUCUAAAAUAAUCAACAAAGUUUCAAAUUGACUGGUGUGUCAUAUCCAGAACGAGAGAGGUGAAUCUAAGGCAAUUACGUAAGUUUAGUGUGACCAAUCAAUCCAUUUAUCCAAGUGAGAGGAAUUAUAGCUAGUUAGCUUGACGACACCUUACCCUUCAAACAAACCGUCAAACCAUUUAAAUCAAACAUCUACCAUCAACCCUAAUUCUAUCUAUCAAAAAUCAGAGUGAGAUUCAUUGGGAAAGUUGCAUAAGAUCUACUAGCUGUGCUGUGGAGCCUGGCAUUUCUUUCAUUCCAAAGUGCAUAUUAUAUGCAAGUUUGGAAAAUGCGCUUCAUGAUGAGCAGCAAGUUCCAAAUCUCCUUUUUUUUGUGCUAAAACUAUUAAUGAGUCGCUAAUUAAAUUUUAUAAUCAAUGGAUCUCCCACGUUAUUAUUUAUUUUAAUGCAAAUUCAAAACAAAUGCAAAAUUGAAAAGUCAUAGAAUAUAUAAACG